AUGCGGGGUGUCAGCAUCGACCAUGACCGUACCAAGGUCUUUGAGCGCUCGCGCAGCCUCGUCAACAAUGCGCUCCGCGAGCAACUCCGCUGGCUGGCAAUCCAGCCGCUUGUCAAGAGUCUGCAGCAGAAGAGCAUCAGUGUCAUCUUCAGUGCAGGCACCUGCAGGCCGGUCCACAUCUCUGUCAUCGCCCAGCACUCCUCGUCCAAGCUCCUGAUCCUCUACAACACCGGCCACAACAGCCAAGUUGUCAAAGAGGAACUCGAGACGUUUCACUGUGCUUCUGGCAUUGACCUCACCUGCGGCGCCAAGCAGCACACCAUCGCCAAGAGGAUGACUGCAGGCUGCAGAAACAUCCACAGCAAAAGCGAGGAGAUUGUCUUGAGCAAGGGCCAUGCCUUUGCGCUCAAUGGCAAGUUUGCCUUCAGGACUGGCCAGAUCCAGCUGCAAUGCUGA